UUCGGAGGGUGUCCACCAAUCGGGGCAUGGCUGGGUCUCCGCUUUGCAGGCCUGACUGUCGGAGGCCAGAGCCAAAGGGAAAGUUGGGCAUGUAUUCCGUCAGGAGGUUUAGGUGAGGACCGGUGGCCGCCACCGACUCCUGCCCCUCAGUCCCCCCUACCCCGCCGGCAGGCAUCAUGAAGCUGCCCACUGUCCUUCCCUCUCCCGUCCAUGCCUCGCAAGAAGAAGAGUAAUGGCCCACGGCGCAAGGCUCAACUGUCGUUCCGGGAGCGGCCGCUGGAGGGCCCCAAGCACGGCGGAGGCUCCCCGAGGCCCUGCCCGGCGCCUUCGAGGCUCGCGCCCCUGCGGCCCGCCGACCGCGAGCCCCGCCCGGCCUGGGUGUCGCCGCAGUUUAAGAAGCCCCUGGGCAGCUGGCUGCCUGUGCGCCGCAAGCGGCCGCCGCCGCCCCCGCACCGCCGUCUGCCUUUCCGGUUCGGAGGCCCAGCUCGGCGGCGGCGCUCCCUGCGAAGGGCGCGGUCCUGCUGGUUUCCGCCCUUGACCUUUAAGAGCCUCCGGCCGGGGCUGGGGACAGGCCCAGGCCCCAAGCCUUCCUCCCGGGCGGCCGCCGCACAGCAGGAGAACCCGGACCUGGAGGGGCCCGAGGAGGCUCGAAGGCCGCCGACCCUGUCAGCCAGGCCCAGGAGCUGCGCCCCUCGACGCCCAAAGCCGUCCGACCUGGAGACUCGAGGCCUGCCCUCGACCUUGGGCGAUGCUGCUGCCACUCCGAGGGAGCAAGGGCGGGGGCGCUGCCCCCUCCACCUGGCCCGGCCGCAGACCCCUCCGCCGGGCUCGCCGCCGCUGGUCGUGGACACUCCCGAAGAGAAAUACGGGCUCAAGGUCACUUGGAGAAGACGAUACUACCUGGUCACCUACCUUAGGAAGAGAGGGAAGCUCAGCCUGAGCCAGAUUUUUGUGUCGAAGUCAGAAGCUCUCAACCCCUGGAUAGGACCUCCCCUACCCUGCCCCCAACUUGGUUCCGCUGCUGAGCAAAGGUGUAAAGCGCUUUGUCAACCUUAAAGCGCUCUAUGCUCUAUAAAUGUAUAGCCAUUGUUUUUAUUCCCGGGUA